UGGUCGCUAGGUGGCGCUGUGAGACCAUCUAUCAUCACGCUGAGGCGUCGCCUGGCGGUUCAUUUGUGUCCUACAGCAGGAUAGAGUGUAAAAAUGGCGUUCUACAAAGGAGCUGCGAGCGAAGGUAGCCGUGCCAUGCGGCUCCUCAAGCAAAGAGAGAAGAAGCAGGAAGAGAUCGAGCGGAAGAAGAAGGAGAUAGAAGAGAGUGAAGCCCAGCGUGUUGCCAAGGUUACACACAUCAAUGCCAAGUUCUCCUCACACUAUGACGCUGUGGAGGCGCAGCUCAAGUCUGAGACUGUCGGUCUUGUGACCCUGAAUGAAAUGAAAACAAAGCAAGAAAUUUUGGUGAAGGAGAGAGAAAAAGACCUGGCCAAGAAAAGAGCAGAAGUGUUGGAAAGAAAAGAAGAAAAGAAAGAAAGAAGGGAGAGAGCUCGGAAACAGGCCCAACUGUCUCAGCUGUCGUUCGCUGUGGAUGGAGAUGAAGAUGAGGAUGAAGAGGAGGAGGAGGAGGAAGAGGAGGAAAUACAGCCAGUCUUCAAGAAGAAGAAACUUGGGAAGAACCCAGAUGUGGACACCAGCUUCCUGCCAGACAGGGACAGGGAGGAAGAAGAAAACAAACUGCGUGAAGAGUUACGUCAAGAAUGGGAGGGAAAACAGGAGAAAAUAAAAAAUGAGGAAAUUGAGAUCACGUUCAGCUACUGGGACGGAUCGGGGCACAGACGGACGGUUAAGAUGAAGAAGGGAAACAGCAUCCAGCAGUUCCUGCAGAGGUGCCUGGAGAUGCUCAGGAAAGACUUCACAGAACUCAGGUCGGCUACAGUAGAACAGUUGAUGUACAUCAAGGAGGACUUAAUCAUCCCACAUCACUACACAUUCUAUGACUUCAUUGUCACCAAGGCAAGAGGCAAGAGUGGUCCGCUCUUCAGUUUUGAUGUACAUGACGAUGUCCGGCUUGUGAACGACGCGACCGUGGAGAAAGACGAGGGAAGCCUUACCCCCCAGUGGGAUCGAGCAGUAGGGUGCGUCCUUGGCAGGACUACAGUUCCGUACGCCCACGUUUUCACCUUUUCUGCAAAAGUUUUGAUAUUUUUAACCGCAGCCAUGGGGUGUGGAAACUCCAAGGCUCACACGGCAGCGACGUCAGUUCCGCAUCAAACCAUCCCAAACUACCCUGAUCUGACAGUCCACAACAACUGGAUGUCACGAUGUCUGACUGGAGAAAUCUACAAGAGGCUGAAGGACAAGAAGACUCAGUCUGGCUACACGCUGGACGGAUGUAUCCAGACAGGUGUCGACAACCCAGGCCACCCCUUCAUCAUGACAGUUGGGGCAGUGGCAGGAGACGAGGAAAGCUACAAAACCUUCGCCGACAUGUUCGACCCGAUAAUCAGUGGCCGUCAUGGUGGGUACGGGAAAGAUGCAAAGCACAAGACGGACCUCACCCACGAGAACCUGCGCGGAGGCGACAAUUUGGACCCCAACUACGUUCUGUCCUCACGUGUGCGCACUGGCAGAAGCAUCCGCGGGCUGGCCCUGCCACCAUGGUGCACACGUGCUGAACGGAGGGAUGUGGAGAAGAUUCUGAAGGAGGCCCUCGCCACGUUUGAUGGAGAGUUCUCGGGCAAGUACUACCCACUGACGGGUAUGACAGAACAGGAGCAGCAGCAGCUGAUCGAUGACCACUUCCUGUUUGACAAGCCAGUCUCUCCUCUCCUGACCUGCGCUGGGAUGGCUCGUGACUGGCCUGAUGCUCGCGGCAUCUGGCACAACAAUGAUAAGACCUUCCUGGUGUGGAUCAACGAGGAGGACCACACCCGGGUCAUCUCCAUGGAGAAGGGCGGCAACAUGAAGCGUGUGUUCCAGCGCUUCUGCACAGGACUGAAGAAGGUGGAGGAUGUCAUCAAGUCUAAAGGCUACGAGUUCAUGUGGAACCCUCACCUGGGCUACAUCCUCACCUGUCCAUCAAACCUGGGGACAGGCCUCAGGGCCGGGGUUCAUGUCAAGCUGCCGAAAGUCAGUCAACACCCGGACUUCGAACACUUCCUGGAGAAGCUGCGUCUGCAGAAGCGCGGGACAGGUGGCGUCGACACGGCAGCCACGGGAGGAACCUUCGACAUCUCCAAUGCCGACCGUCUUGGCAUGUCAGAGGUGGAGCUUGUGCAGAAGGUGGUGGAUGGCGUGGAGCUGCUGGUUAACAUGGAGAAGGCCAUGGAAGCAGGAAAGGAUGUGUACACGGUGUGGCCCAAAGCCUACCCUGACCUGACUAAACACAACAACUGGAUGGCCAAGUGUAUGACUCCACAGCUGUACCACAGCCUGGUGGACAAGAAAACUGACAGCGGGUACACAAUUGACGAGUGCAUCCAGACUGGUGUGGACAAUCCAGGCCACCCCUUCAUCAUGACUGUUGGGCUGGUGGCAGGAGAUGAGGAAUGCUACACAACGUUUGCAGACUUGUUCGACCCUGUCAUCGAAGGUCGGCACAACGGCUACAAAAAAACGGACACGCACAAAACUGAUCUUGAUGCCAGCAAGCUGCAAGGAGGGGAUGACCUUGACCCAAAGUACGUGCUGUCGUCUCGUGUGCGUACUGGCCGCAGCAUCCGUGGGUACUCCCUCCCACCGUGGUGCACGCGAGCAGAGAGGCGGGGUGUUGAGAAGGUUCUGUGCGAAGCGCUGGGGAAGCUCGAGGGUGAGCUUCAGGGCAAGUACUACCCGCUCUACGAGAUGGACGACAAAACACAGGAGCAACUGAUCGCUGAUCACUUCCUCUUCGACAAGCCAGUUUCGCCUCUCCUCACAUCGGCAAAGAUGGCCCGUGACUGGCCCGACGCCCGUGGGAUCUGGCACAACGACGCCAAGAACUUCCUGGUGUGGAUCAACGAGGAGGACCACACCCGGGUCAUCUCCAUGGAGAAGGGCGGCAACAUGAAGAAGGUGUUUGAGCGGUUCUGCGAUGGGCUGAAGAAGGUGGAAGAGUUGGUGAAAGAGCAGGGGAAGGAGUUCAUGUGGAGUGAACACCUGGGCUACAUCCUCACCUGUCCAUCUAACCUGGGAACAGGGCUGCGAGCUGGCGUGCACGUGAAACUACCAAAGCUCAGCACACACCCGCACUUCAGUCACAUCCUGGAACAGCUCAGGUUACAGAAGCGUGGCACUGGUGGUGUCGACACCGCAGCAAAGGGCGGAAUCUUUGACAUCUCCAACACAGACAGGUUAGGAUGCUCGGAGGUUGAGCUGGUCCAGAAGGUGGUGGACGGGGUGAAGUUACUGGUGGAGAUGGAGAAACGGCUGGAGAAGAAGAAGGACAUCAGCGACCUCAUCCCAGGUGGCCCCCUGGUGGAACCAUCCGAGGUGAAGAUUGAGCUCCAGAGUGACAACUUCCCCGAAUUCUCCCAGCACAACAACCACAUGGCCAAGUGCCUCACCAAGGAGAUCUUCGACACUCUUAAAGACAAGAAAACUAAGAAUGGAUGUACACUGGACUUGUGUAUCCAGACAGGUGUAGACAACCCUGGCCACCCAUUCAUCAUGACAGUGGGGGCAGUGGCAGGAGACGAGGAAUCCUACACUGUCUUUGCCGACCUGUUUGACCCAGUCAUCGAAGCUCGCCAUAAGGGCUUCAAGAAGACCGACAAGCACAAGACCGACCUGGAUGCCACCAAGCUGAAUGGUGGUGACGACUUGGAUCCCGACUUUGUCUUGUCCUCCCGCGUGCGCACAGGUCGCAGCAUCCGUGGCUACAGCCUCCCCCCGCUGUGCAGCCGCCACGAGCGCAGGGAAGUAGAGCGCAUCGUGUCCACUGCACUGGGAAACCUCAGCGGAGAGUUCUCGGGCAAGUACUACCCGCUGAAGGGCAUGACAGAAGAGGAGCAGCAGCAGCUGAUCGAUGACCACUUCCUGUUUGACAAGCCUGUCUCUCCGCUCCUGACCUGCGCAGGGAUGGCUCGUGACUGGCCUGACGCUCGUGGCAUCUGGCACAACAACGACAAGACCUUCCUGGUGUGGAUCAACGAGGAGGAUCACACCCGCCUGAUCUCCAUGGAGAAGGGUGGCAACAUGAAACGCGUUUUUGAGCGGUUCUGCAACGGGCUCAACCUGGUAGAGAAGGAAAUGAAGAAGAUGGGGAAGGCUUACAUGUGGAAUGAACACCUUGGCUACGUCCUCACCUGUCCAUCUAACCUGGGCACAGGGCUGAGGGCUGGGGUACACGUCAAGCUGCCGAAAAUGAGCACCCAUGAGAAGUUUGACGAGGUUCUGGAGAAGCUGAGCCUGCAGAAGCGAGGAACGGGAGGCGUGGACACCGCAGCCGAGGGAGGAAUCUUCGACAUCUCCAACUCCGACAGACUCGGGCACUCCGAGGUCUCCCUUGUACAACAGGUUAUCGACGGCGUCAAGCUGCUGGUUGCCAUGGAGAAGAAGCUGAUGGCUGGCGAGUCCAUCGACGACCUCAUGCCCGGACAGACUUCAGUCGAACACGAAACAAACGUGUAGAAACUCCAAGAGUUUAAUGCUAAGAACUGUACAGAGUUGGUUACUGGUAGGCACUCUGGUGGGCUUAGACUUCUGAGUAAUUGUUGUUAAGCUUGAACAAUAAAUAUGCAAUCAGUGCUGGCAGGCAGUCAACUCUGUACAGGUCUUACCCAAGCUAGUUUACAAGACUAACUUGGAAAGAGGACUGGGCUAUGUUCUAAAAAAUGUGUAAACUGAUAUGACAAACACAUGUUUAUCUGUUUAUAAACAAUUAACCUGUUUCCCAUACGUAAAGCUGUUCUGUUUCAAUGUAGAGAGUUUAACUCAUGGCUGUUUGAAUUGUAUAUAAAUUUCCAGCAUUGUGGUGGUUUUUAGGUGACUUCAUUUUUCAGAUAGCUAGUCUGACAUGUCUGAUUGCAUAUGACAAUAUGACUGUGACACAAGAUCUAGUCUUCCAUUCCAUGUGCACUCUGUUGAACCAAAGUAUCCUUAAACAUAAUCUGUAGCUUUCAUCACAUUGAUAAACUCUGUACAGAGCUACAAGUGAUAUGAAGUAUUGUAUUUUUCUUACAAUUUUAUAAAUACCGUUCUGACUGGUUCCGUCCAUGUGUAUAAAACUGGGAAGAACUUUUCCAAGAAAAUUUUAUGUAGAUUUUAGUAGAAUCUCCCAUCAUGACAUAAUAUCUUCUUAAAAGUGCUGCUUUUCAUAAGUUUCACCGUUUCAAAUGUUGAUCAGCAAUGUUGGAUAUACCUGGUAUAUGGAAGGUUUUUUUGUGUGCAAAAUGGUAUUACUUAUUUGUACAGACACAUUGUCCUGACAAUGUGAGUAGUGAUAGUAAUGUUAUAUGUAGAGCAGUUUGCUGGGCUGUUUGAAGAUGAUUUAUUUUACAUAUUAUAAAAUAUGCAGUGUGUUCCUUGAUCUAAUGCCCUACACAGGUGGCUUUAGGUUGAAACAUUUGCUACAACGUUAUGUUUGUGUUUUUGUUUGUCUGACUGCCAAAUAAAACCAGAACAAGUCAA